CCGGAGCCGGGAUGCUCUGGCCAGCAGUGGCCGGGGCCCCGCAGUUAGGACGAAAUGGCGGGAGGGAGCUAGCCCUGAGGGCUGGGACGGUGGGUGGUCGCGGGGGAGACCGAGACGAGUGCGUUUAGGAAGAUCGGGACCAUUUUCAGAGACGUAGGCACUUGUACCCGGAAAGACGCCCUCUCGGUCACUCUGGCUGCACUGCGGGGUCUCAGCCCUCGCAGGGACACAAGCCGACGAGCUAGAGCAACCGCUGAUGGAAUUGUACUCUCAGCAGGGAAGAGCUCGCAGUGACCCGCAGAUACGGAAAGGAAGACGCAGAGCUAGGCUCCUGGGAACUUGGCAGACACAGAUUAGAGAUACCCACCAGCGAGCUUCUUUAUUGUUCUUCUGGGAACUAAUUCCCAUGAGAGCAGAACCUCUGCGAAAGAAGAAAAAGGUAGAUCCUAAAAAAGACCAAGCAGUCAAGGACCGUCUGAAAAAGAGGAUCAGACGGCUGGAGAAAGCUAGCCAGGAGCUAAUUCCCAUUGAAGAUUUUAUUACACCUGUGAGGCUCUUGGAUAAAGCAAGACAGCGGCCUCCUGUGGAGCUUCCCUUUGAGGAGAGUGAGCGGAGAGCUCUGCUUCUGAAGAAGUGGUCCCUGUACAAGCAUCAAGAGCACGAGAAGGAGAGGGAUGCCAUCAGGACCAUGCUCAAGUCCCAGCAGGAAGCUCUGCAGGAGCUGCAACUCAUGUCCCCAGAGCUACAUGCAGAGGCCACCAAGCGGGACCUCAAUUUGUUCCCCUUUGAAAGAGAAGGACCAGAUUACACACCACCAGUCUCCAACUACCAGCCCCCUGAAGGCAGGUACCAUGAUAUCACUAAGGUAUACACACAGGUGGAGUUUAAGAGGUAGAGCUGCAGGCACCUGCCUGCAGAACACUCUGCCCUUUAGAGCCAGGAGGACGAGGGCUCAAGUUUGCUUGUCACAGAACCAGGGAUGCUGUGAAUAAAUACGUUUAAUCAAGUG